AAAUACUGGAUGUCGUCACCAUUUUAUCCCCAUUUACAAACCACACAUAUUGAUGAUGUUAUUUAUCAUACGGGAAAAUGGAGGAGAAACCAACUAUGAGUGAUAUCGAUUUGGACAAGAUCCUUUCUACACCUCAAGAAGUACCACAUUCCGUUGAGGUGGUACUGAGGAAAUUGGAAAUUGCUGAAAUGGGUCGAGCUAAACGAGACAUGGCAGGGAGACUGCACGUGAUCCUGAACAGUGUAAACAAGGCGCUGUGCCGCAUGCGCUUGGCCUCGGCUGUAGAGGAGGAGGAUGAUGACCUGAUAACACAAUCACAGCAUCUGGAGGAGAAGCGCAGGCGUGGCCAGCAGCUCGUCACUAUCCAAGCAUUCCUACAGUCCAGCCUGGACAAGGAAAAUGAGCUCAGCGUGGUCCUCCAGUGGCUCAGAAACAUGAACCAGGAGCUGGUGGAGGUGGAGGAGGAUGAGGACUUCCGGGAGGUGGAUGGUAUCACUGAGGAAUGGGUUGAGGAGAUGCAAGACAAGAUCCAGAGUUUCAUGUCGGACAUCCAAGCUUGCAUUGUACGUCUUCACGAGCUUUGUGGAUUCCUCUUUGAACUCGACACCAGGAAAACCAAAAAGAAAGAAGCAGAACAUAAGAAGGGAGGUGUGUGGCACUGGUGGCUGGAGUCAAAAGUCGAUGCCAGGACGAUACUGAAGAUCCAGGAGCUGCAGCCGCCCACAGUGGACCGCAUGAUGGCGGAGCCCAGCCUGGCCACCAAGUCUUCCACAGAUCUGUCCUUCAUGCUGGGCGACAUCUCCAAGUCCAUGUCCUGCAACAAGGCCAUGAGCAUGGCCUUUAAAUUCAUUCAGACGGGGCUCCACAACCUAAACGAGGCUUUGCAGGAGCGCACAGGCGAGGCCCACAAAGCCCAAGCCCAACUGGAUGAGAUGAAGGCUAAUGACUGCCGUGCUAACCUGGCCCGUGCCAAAGCAGAGCUGGAAGGGGGCAAGACAAGGAUCACCAAACUGGAGGGAGAUAACUAUAACCUUCAGGAGGAGAUCGCAGCGCACAAGUUCCAGAUCCACAAGCUGGAGGGGAUGGUCAGGUCAGGUCAACAGGGUUCUGUGAUUAAAUUUAUUGAGCCGGUGAUGGAAUUCCCCAUGACUCAGAGCCAAACCCAGCCAGAGAGCACCUCGGUCCCAUUCAAUCCGAAAUAUCCCAGACGGCCCCCUCCAUCUAAGAAGGAGCAGAAGCCAAAGAUAGCCCCAUCAGUGGUGGAAUCACAGCUACCCAAGAGCCCACCCAAGACUGCGGCUUGGACGGAGCCAGAGUCCAUUGAGGAGGAGUAUGUCGAAGAGGAGAUACCUCCCACACCUUCCCCUGUGUCUGAAGAGGAGAUCAAGCCCGAGCCAUCACCUGAUGAAUUGGACCUCUUUGAGGCCAUGGAGAAGAACAGCACCAGCCUCUUGGAUGGCUUCCAGUCAUCUGUGUUCAACAUAAUUGAAAAGUCCCUCAGUGUUAAGGGUAUAGGCCUAGAGGCAGACAAGGCCAACGAUGCCAUCAAACUCUACAUCAUCCUUCAGAAAACCAUCCGAGACUCCUUCAACAACAUCACCUCCAAACUCCAUGGGAAAUUUACAGACAGCAUCCUGAGCAUGCCGUUUGAGGAGGACACCACCAAGUCUCCAGGGGACAUGCUCAAAGAGAUCAACUCUAUGUUCGUCAGCCAUGAUCAGAACAUUGAGAGUUUGGGCGCCAAUGAUCACAUGCUCAUGAAAGAAGAAGACAAGAACGCCAAGUCUGCUUCCAAGACAGGACCCCACCAAGAAUGCCGUCACUCUGUGUCUGAGGUCCUGAUCCAGUUGAAGAACAUCAACAACAUGAGCAAGCAGCAGACCUGUAAGAUGCGCCUGGCCCUGGAGAACCUCAUAGACAUGAACAACAAGUUGGAUAAUGAGCCCAAGACUGAGGAGGAACAGCCAUCCACCAGCCAUUUCUCCAUCUCGUCCUCUGACAGCUUUGUAGAGGAAGAGGAGAUCAGAGUCGAGAAGAAACGCCACCACCACAUCGAGAAAACUGUCAAAGUACCGGUAGAGAAGCGAAUCAAUAGGAGACAUACUCCACAUCAGACAAUGAGGAAAGUACUGAAACCCAGACUUAUAGACACAGCCAACCAGGGGGACAUGGAGCGGUAUAAGAUGGAGAUUGAGGAGGAGGGGAGGAAGAUAGAGAAAACGGUGAUGGUGGGGGUGACCUACCAGGUGAACGUGGUGUCUCAGAGGACCAACCUGAAUCUCCUGAGGCAGGCGGCGAUCAGCGGGGAGAUCUCCACUGAGCUGUACAGCAUGGCCAAGGACCUCAUCACACACAUUCUGGGCAUGGAUGAGAUGAGACUGGCCUGCCUGCUCCGCAAGUUCAUGGCCUACAGAUCAGUGCAGCAAGUCCGGUAUGAUAAGAAUUUAUGCUCAUACUCUUUUUUGGUAAAAUUGUUUUGUUCAUAUGAUUCACGGGACCAUUUAUUGAUCAGAACUUGUAUUUUUGGAAUACAACUUAUUUUUUUACCUCUAAUUUUUCUUGUCAGUUACAAUCUGAAUAUGCAGUUGGUUGCUGCUCGGGAGCUAAAGGAUGGACAGUCGGUAAAAGAAAUAUACUCCUUCCUGACGAAAAUGGAUGUGUACCAGAAACGGACGUUGCGUCGGUGGAGUGCUAAACAAGCUGCUAUUGAACACAGCCGCAAGACCUGUCUUGCUCGCAUGCUAUAUCUUUUCAGUGAGAUAAGACAAGACUACAACGUGCACCUGCUCACCCCGUUCCCGUGCUCCAGCCACUCCCGUCAACAUCUGGCCAUCAAGUCCCACAAGCUGACGUGGUCCCUGAACCCUGGUUGCCAGCUCCGCCACCUGCCCACUCCAGCCCAGACCCCCCACCUGGUGAUGCCCGCCUCAGAGGCCGGACCCCUGAGCGGAGUCAGGGAGCUGUUGAGGGGUCAGCUACCCACACUGUGGCAUUGUAAUCUGACCAUGAACAACAUGCAGCUGGCCAGGAAGAUGGCCUCUCCCCCCUGCAACCUCUCCUCCAUCCCCCUGCUGAUGCAGAUGGACGUCAACCAUAGCCGAGCCACUGCACUGCGCUCUGCACAGGGCAGGAUGAGUGGGGGAUAGCUGCAUGCUUUCUAGAGGAGAUAUGUUGAUGCAUAGGGAGAUGAUCUACUGAAGGGAUCCAGUCUGUCACUAAUCUCGAACGCCAGCCAAUAAAGAAUACGUUCACUCCAG